AUGUUGAUUCAGCAAUGGGUGACGCCUCUCGAGGGCUUGGACAGUCUUCGGCAGACCGAAGUUCCAAUGGUAACCCCAGGACCCGGGGAAGUGUUGGUUAAGAUUCAUGCCGUGUCAUUGAAUUAUCGCGACGUGGAAGUCACCAAGGGAGAGUACAAGCACCACAAGACCGCAGAGCAGAAUGUGACGAUUGUGCCGUGCUCAGAUAUGUGCGGUGUGAUUAUCCAGCUUGGAUCUGACGUGUCCCAAUGGUCCGUUGGCGACCGGGUGCUGUCGACUUUCUUGCCCGAGCAUCAGACCGGCCAAGUGACAGAGACGGAGCUCGCUGGUAGUCUCGGCCUUCCCUUGAAUGGAGUCCUCGCGACACAUCGGGUCUUCCCUGCCUAUGGUCUCGUUCGUGCUCCGAUAUACAUGUCGGAUGAGGAGGCGAGUACAUUGCCCAUUGCGGCAGUAACUGCGUGGAUGUCGAUCAACGGGAUGCGACCACAAGGACAGAAUGGCGGGCAGGGCGAGUAUAUUCUGCUGCAGGGAACGGGAGGUGUUGCCAUUGCAGGGUUGCAAAUCGCGAAGGCAUCCGGUGCCAAAGCCAUUAUAACUUCCUCGUCCGACGUCAAGCUCGACCAGGCGAAGCAGCUCGGGGCUGAUCUCACCAUCAAUUAUCGAACGACUCCGAAUUGGGAAGCAAAGGUGAUGGAAUGGACGCAAAACCAUGGAGCUGAUAUCAUUCUGGAAACCGGAGGCGCCCAGACGCUGAGAAAGAGCUUUGAUUCUGUUGCGUUUGGAGGACUCAUCUCCUGCAUCGGGUACGUCUCGGGCAAGAUCGACCCGGUGGAUGAUCGGUUGAAUGUUAAUAUCCUCGCCUUACGCCGGACGGUGACACUCAAAGGAGUCAUCAAUGGCCCCAAGGACCGUUUUGAAGAGAUGGCCCGCUUCUAUGAGACGCAUCAGAUCCACCCGGUGGUGCAUCGCAUCUUUCCGUUUGCCGAGGCCAGGGAGGCAUUUCAGUUCCUAGAAAGUGGCAGUCACUUUGGAAAGGUAGUGAUCAAGAUCCAAUCCUAG